ACAAAAAUGGUAUGAUCUUUACGCUUUCUUUUCUACUUUCACUUUUCUACUUACCACGGCUAAAUCCUGCCUUGAAUAAUGACGAGGGAACCACCACCGGCACUACAAUUCUUCCGUUGACAACAUCCGACUUUUACUUUACUUCACACUCACACUUGUGUCAUCUAAAUUGUCCCAUGGACUCUUGAAACUGGAGUGUGAAGCAUAUUGCAGAUAUCUGAAAUUAUUUGAAGGUAUUAUUCUUGCACCUUGUUUUGUUAAUACUAUUUUUGUAUUGUUCUUGUUCAACAACAACAUGGGGGAAAUUCGUUCCGAGUACAAAUUAAAGAAUCCACCCGAAGACGGAAUUUCUACAGUCCGGUUUUCUCCCACCAAUCCACAGCUUUUAGGCGUUUCCUCUUGGGAUACCAACGUUCGUUUGUACGAUUCCCAAACCAGUACUGUCAAACACAAGUUUUCUCACAAUGCAAAACCUGUACUUGAUUUUGUUUUCAAGAAAGAGGGAGGAACCAUUUACACUGCAGGGCUGGAUGGUCAAAUUCUUGGAUAUGACUUGCAAAAUGAAAAUAUUGAACAAAUCGGAAGUCAUGAAGACUCUGUUCGCUCGGUCGAAUAUAGUCACGAUCGAGACAUUUUAGUUUCUGGAGGUUGGGAUUCUUUUGUUAAAAUAUGGGACCCUAGAAAGAGAGAUCCUGUUAGCCAACACUCACAAAUCGACGAGGUAUACACUAUGAGUGUUAAAGACGAAAUUUUGAUUGUUGGAACGAGUGCAAGGAGAAUUAUUGUAUGGGAUUUAAGAAAUAUGGAGACGCCAUUACAACAACGAGAUUCGUUGCUGAAAUAUCAAACAAGAAAAAUCUCAAUCUUUCCAAACAAACAAGGAUACGUCUUGAGUAGUAUUGAAGGAAGAGUAGCUGUUGAAUAUUUUGAUCAAAACCCUGAAGUACAAAAGAAAAAAUACGCUUUCAAAUGUCACAGGAUUAAAGAGCAAUCAGUUGAAAACAUUUAUCCAGUUAACGCGAUAAGCUUUCACGAGGAACACAGUACAUUUGCCACGGGAGGCUCGGAUGGAUAUGUUAACGUUUGGGACGGAUUCAACAAGAAACGAUUGUGUCAAUUUCACCGAUAUCCUACCGGCAUUGCCUCGCUCGCAUUUAGCAGUUGUGGCACGAUGCUCGCUAUUGCGUGUUCAUAUUUAUAUGAACAGGAUGAGACCCCAAACCCAAUGCCGGAAAAUUGUGUAUACAUCAGGACAGUUACAGAUCAAGAGACAAAGCCGAAGUAAAUGUUUUUAAAGUUUCUAAUGUUCUUAAUUUCUCUUGUUUUUAUGUGAAUGGAUUUUUAUAUUGAAACCCGUUGUAAAUAUAAAUCAACGUAAGUAUAUAUGUGUCUGUAAUU